GGCCGUGUUUUGUGCUCGCCACGCAGCGUGACGUCAUCCACGCAUCCGUCCAUACUCCAUAAUAUAUUUAAUUGAACGACGCUCGGCCGUUCAGUUAUCAGACAUCUGUUGUCGAUUGUUGUUACUUAUCUGUGAUAGUUCCAAAUUACGAAUCGAAAGUUCGCAAUUUAAAGUUUCCGUCAACGUUGUGCGCCAUUCCCGAAUUUGAAAUUGGAACUCGGUCAUUGAACCGACACGAUUAAGGUUUUUACUGCCCUGAAAUGUACGAAGCAGAAAGACUUUAAUGUCAAAAAGAGAGACGUCGUUUAAUAAAAAAACGCGCGAUAACUUUGAAAGUGUAUUUUUUAAUAGAUUGAAAUCGAGGACUAGCCGGUCCUUGAUGAACUCGUCAACUUACAAUCCCUGCACAAUAACUCUUUGUAUAUCGAAGAGCCCCUGUCGCUAUUCUGCAAGAGAUCCUAGAUUAAGACAUUGGUCGAGAGAACUAAUCGUCUCCUCUACUUAAACGGACUCUGGCAUUUCCUUAUUGAAAGCAAUUUGCAUCUUCCAAGGAAGAUCAGGAUUUGAAGUACGUACUUAAUACCGUACUUAAAACGCGUGGGAUGGAAACGGAAAGAUCCUACGCAAAUGGAAUUCCAGGUAAAGAUAAAGGUUUCCACGAUGAACAUAAAGUUCCGUCUGAAGAGGAGACGACUACGUCGCCGCUUUUAGUCAAGAACGAUAUCAAGUUCAUCGACUCUGUACAUGACAGCAAGCUUGAUGUGAGAGAUUCGGAUAAGGCCAACGAUCUGAACACUGUGAAUUCGAUUAAAACGGAUGAUGUUAAGAAGGACAAUCUGAUAGUAGCGUAUAGCAAAGAUGAUGACGAUGCGAAGUCGACGAAUGAAAGAGUCAAGUUCUUGGGUUUGGGUGACGCUGACAGUAUUUGUUCGAGCAAGCAUUCAGUCGAACAAGAGCCACAGAUACCGGACGGGGGAUGGGGCUGGGUGGUCGUAGUUGCCUCUUUUCUCAUUGCCACUGUGGCUGACGGCUUAGCUUUCUCAUAUGGCUUAUUGCAGAUCAAGUUCGUAGAUUUCUUCGAAGCGAGUGAAGCAAAAACGUCAUUGAUUGGAAGUCUCUUUAUAUCGGUGCCGCUUAUAGCUGGGCCGAUAAUGAGUGCGCUCGUUGAUAGAUAUGGAUGCAAGAAAAUGACUAUGGUCGGUGGCGUGUUCUCUACGGUUGGAUUUGUAGCUGCUUCAUACAGUAAUACUGUAGAAGCGCUGUACAUUACGUACGGUCUUAUUGCAGGAUUGGGUAUGGGUCUGUUAUAUGUAACUGCUGUUGUGUCUAUAGCGUACUGGUUCGAAAAGCGACGCAAUCUCGCCGUCGGUUUAGGAUCAUGCGGUGUUGGAUUCGGUACGUUUGUGUAUUCGCCUCUGACUACUUAUUUAUUAGACGAGUAUGGAUGGAGAGGCACGUUAUUGCUACUAGCUGGCACUGUACUUAAUGUAUGUGUUUGUGGAGCUGUCAUGAGAGACCCCGAAUGGUUGAUUUUGGAGCAGAAGAAACAGAGGAAACUAAGCAAAUCUAAGAGAGCGUCAAGUUCUACGUCUAUAUCAGGAAGAUCAGCUAGGUCGGGUGGUGGAGAAUCCAUUUACCCGGGUGCUGAAGAAUUAAAGUCAAUGAUGAAAAGUGGUGAGACGCCGGAGGAUAUUCUCAUGGCUUUGGUUGCUUCUAUAGCUGAAGCAGAAAAUGUUGAAGAAAUAACAAAGAGAAACGCUGAUUUGUCACAAAUUCAAAAGGGGAGCUCUGUUAUAAAUCUACCUACAUUUUUGCGUCAACACGAGAAGGUACCAAUCGAAGUAUUAGAUCAGUUGAAAACAAACGAACGCCUCUACAAUAUUGUGUUACAGAACUACCCUUCACUUCUGGCUUUAAGAACAUCUUCAGAGACAAAGUUGCCAAUCGAGUCAUCUAAAAAGGAAGGUAAAGGCAAAAUAAGCAAAAAGGAUAAAAAGGAAUUUGAUAAGAAACUUGAGACGGUGAAACAUAAUUUGCUCCAGCCGAUACCUGAAAAUAAUAUCACAUCUCCGAAGACGGCUCGUCAAGAUUGGUUCACGAAACAUCUUCAAACGGACCACCAUUAUUUAAAGGAUAUCCGGGUGCACCGAAACUCAAUUAUGCAUCGUGGUGCUAUGAUGAAUAUUGCCAAGUAUAAACUCAAAGCGUCUUCGUGUCCCGAUAUUUAUAGAAACUCCAUGUGGUCCGUGAAAGAUCAGGAAGACAAGACCAUCUGCAGACGUCUCCUGGACAUGAUCAACAAGACGUUCGACUUCAACAUGUUCACUGAGUUCCACUUUCUCAUGAUGAACCUGUCUACCAUUGUUCUGUUUAUUUGGUUCAUAGUUCCUUACUUCUACAUAUCUACCUUCAUGGAGGAGAGCGGGUACACGGAGACUCAAGGAUCUUUAAUGCUCAGUACUUUUGGAGUGGCUACCAUCAUUGGUAUUGUCGGUCUCGGUUGGAUGGGCGAUCUACCCUGGGUGAACAUCACCAAAACCUACGGGCUGUGCCUCGUAAUAUGCGGCGGUACGAUCUGUCUGUUCCCAGUGCUGAUACGCAUCAUGGACCCCAAGGAAAACUACAGCUUCUAUAUACUGACUAUCAAUGCUCUGAUAUUCGGGCUAACCUUCUCCAGUUCGUAUUCGUAUACGCCGAGUAUAUUGGUGGAAUUGAUUGCGUUGGAGAGGUUCACUAUGGCGUAUGGAUUGGUGCUCUUGAGUCAAGGCUUGGGACAUCUUAUAGGACCGCCUAUGGCUGGUGCACUUCGUGAUAGAACAGGAUAUUGGGACGCGGCAUUUUACGUAGCUGGCAUCUGGGUGGUUGUCUCUGGCUUCUUGGUUGCCGUGAUACCGUACACCAAGAACUUCCGAAUCAUCGGCAACGCGCCGCUCGCGAAAGAUGUGGCUGGCGAACCGGACCCUAAUGUUAAAAUUAUAAUUGCGCAUUAAUUAGUAAUUACGUUUACGUUAUUAAAAUGCAACAACGAAAUUGUUUUAAAAUAAGAAUGUGUUUUUUUUUUAAUUUUGACAGAAAUUAGGCCAAGAAUCGGACAAUAAUUAAAAAAACGUUAAAAGUCAUAGACUACAGAUGACUGAUGAUUUUAAAUGCAAAUUUGUUAAAAAUUAAAAUAUUAUUAGUUAUGCAUUGUUUCUGGAUUAUUAGUAAAAGCGUUUGAUUAAACAUAAUAUGAGUAUAACGAAAAAUUGACAAGUUAAAUAUUACUGUAUCUAUUAUAUUUUAAUUACUAUUAUGUUAUAUUAAAUAAGUUUUUCGAUAGGAUUAGAAUAUGAUGUGUGGUAUUCAGGACGUAAUUUGUGAGGGUUUUCUAGCAAAAUAUUUUUUAGUUUAGAAUGUUUGUAAUCGACAGUACAAGUUUUAUAAUAGCUAUUUAUAUUAUUAUUCUGAUAUACUUACCAUAAAUCAAUUAGUGUGGUUUUAUUUUGGUAUUAAAUGUACUUACUGAGCGUUUCAAUUUGCGUGUUCUAGACUAGUAUGAUUGAUACUUAUAUUUAAAAAAAAAACGAUUAAAGCAUAAACUGCCAAAAUUUUCUAUACCCACGUAUAACUACUUUUUUAGAAUAAUAAGGCGAGAUUGUGUUUUUGAUUCUUCUUAGAUUCAAGUAUUUUCGAUAGGUAUUGAUUAUGAAUAUUUUAUUAAAUAUUUUAUUCAGAACAA